UUUCUUCAUAGUGACGUUUGUAGAUGUGCUGCACAAUUGUUACCAUCAGGGGGUGCCUUGGGGUACGUAUUGUAAGUACUGUCUCUGCUGUUGACUGCACUUUGUAUGCCGAAGGUGCCUUCUCACAACUUCCUGAACAGUCUGCGGUUCAUACCUUUCAGCAGCAGAGAGAGAAAACAUUGCCUCAGUACGCGGAGAAAAAUAAGGGCGGUUUCUAGACGCAGGAAGGACUACUUUUUUUAAUGUGACUUGUCAGACCUUCUCCAGCUGAAUAAUGCAGCAGUGAAAACUAUCUGUGACUUAUCGGUACUCUUAAAUCCUCGCAACAUAAUGGCCUCUGAAGAGAUGUAUCUGCAGUAUCAUGGACUCCUGCUUCCCAAAGAGACUCACUCCCCUGAGUCUUUAAAGUUUGUGCGGAAGUACACGUUUUCUGACUCGGACGUCUUGGCUGUUACCUAUCCAAAAUCAGGUACAAUCUGGAUGCAGGAGAUCCUCCCACUGCUGCUGAAUGGUGGAGAUCUGACGCCAAUCCAUACCAUUCCUAACUGGGACAGGGCUCCCUGGCUGGAGGAGACCAGAUUAGCAGUGGUUGUGGAUCAGUUGCCUUCUCCACGGGCGCUUGUCUCACAUUUACCUUAUCAUCUGAUGCCCCCCUCCUUCCUCGCCUCCAAAGCCAAGGUGAUCUAUGUCAUGAGGAACCCUAAGGACGUCGUGGUGUCUUCGUACUACUUCCAUCAAAUGGCCGGAUUCCUUCCUGAUCCAGGAACCUUUGAAGAGUUCAUGGAGAAAUUCCUGGAAGGCAGAGUGCUCUUUGGAAAAUGGACAGACCAUGUGAAGAGCUGGAAACACACAGAGCUGGGAGACAGAAUCAUGUACAUCACGUAUGAAGAAAUGGUUCAGGACCUUCCUGCAGCUCUCAGGAGGAUGUCAGAUUUCCUGGGCCGUAAUCUGAGUGAGGAAGUCAUCGAGAAGAUAGCAGAGAAUUGCUCCUUCGAGACCAUGAAGACCAACACCAUGUCCAACUUCAGCCUGAUCCCUAAGGUGUUAAUGGAUGAUAACAAAUCUCCGUUCCUUAGGAAAGGUGUGGUGGGAGACUGGAAAAACCAUUUCAGCUCAGAGCAGCUGACCAGAUUCAUAUCGGUCAUUUCAAAAGAGCUGGAGAAUGAAAGCUUCUCGCUGCCGUGGAGCCUGGAUUGAAUCAUAGCCAGAGCAAAGACACAGAGAGAAGGAGCUGUCGACAUAAAAUCAAGACAUAUCAAAUCUUUAUGAAAAUGGUGCAACGUUCUCAGAAUUAUUUUUAGCUAUUAAGAAUAUGACUAAAAGCCUUUCUUUGACUUUUAUCAUUUUUAUGUAACAUGGAAUUUCUUUCUCUUUAAGUUAUAAUUUGGAUAAAUUAAUCAUUUUGCUGUUGACUUUUCAUUUUUUACAGUUCAUGAACUAUUUGUGUAUGCUAGGGAACCACUGCCUCACAAAUCACUAUAUGCUCAUCAAAAGGAGUCAAAACAGAGUCUUAUGUGAUUGUUUUAUGAAUACUUUGACUAUUGUUGAGUUAUAAUGAUUUAUUUACUUUUAAUAGAGAGUUAUUCGGUUAUAUUGUUAGUAAGUUUUAAUCAUACCAGUUAUUAGCCUUCAUUUUUACUGGUUUAUUGUUGUAUUUUAACAAUUUGAUCAAGUUUUCAUUGAGUGAGUAAUAAAAUGAUUAUUGU